AUGGGAUUCUUCCACUUCCACCGCCCAACCAGUUCCUCUUCCUCCAGCUCAGCCUCAUCUGCACUCUCCUUUGCAUCAAGCCACACCACACCGCGAACCAGCACCGACUCAGCAAGCGACUACAUGACCGCCACCCUAAAGCAUCACCUCACCACACCAAGAGCACCGCUUCUGAACCUCCCAUUCGAGAUCCUCCAGCACAUCGCGUCCUAUCUCGAUGAUGCCUCUGCAGCGAAAUUCAGCCUGAGCAGCCGCCAAAUUUGUUAUGCUGUUGGCACAAACCGCCUCUCGAGCUAUAUCGCCUCGUCUGCAAGCCGGUUCGAUGCACGUGAUCGGCUGGAGGAAACUAUCGAGCGAGCACUUCCCGGAUCCUGGCACUGCGCGUGGUGCGACAAGUUUCAUGUAUGGUCUGCGCAUGACGGUCCCGCAGCUAUUUCUCAGAUGCAACAGAGUCCGUGUGCGAAGUAUAAUAGUUACUUGGCUGACAGGAUGGGCUAUACACUUUGUUACCACCACAUACGCCUCGCACUUGUUCGGCACAAGUACGGUCCAGCGCAUGGUCUGGAGAUUGGUGCGUUUGAGUGGAGGGGGAGUGGGAGUGUAAGCCUGUUCCGGACGCCAGUACAUACGACAAUAGCGCAUCAGGCUGAGAUUCGGGAUGGAAGGUUUUUGCUGCAUACGAACUACUCGAUUCUCCUGCCGACCUGGGCCGCCUCACACAAGAACCUCAUCGGGCACCUCUGGCCGCUGCUCCCACCCCUCCUGACCCAGCACAGGGCAAGCGAGUACGGACACACAGGCGUCAUGGCCGCGCUCGACAAUGUGGUCCGUCGCGGGUGGCGAGUCCUAGGGGCACAGUCCUGCUCCGAUUGCCAGACCGACUGGAGCGUGACGGCAUUCCCUAUCCCUCGAAGCGUUGCAGGCGAAUUCGUACGUCUGAACAUCCAGACAUGGCGCGAUCUAGGCACAGGAAAAACCCCGUUCGACACUGCUUGGAGAGCGCAUGGGCCGUAUAUUCAUGGGACGGAGGAGAGUUGUGUGCGGGAAGAAGUGCGGAGGGAGAGGGGGAGUAUCAGGGAGGCAUUCGAGGGAUCACAUUCUGGAAAGGGGGAAGGUCGAGACGAAGGAGUGGAAAGGGGAAGCGAUGAGUGGGAGAAGCUCGCCUACUCGUGGCAGCUUGAUAAGAGGAGAGGAGAAGAGAAGGACCAGGAGAAGGAGUGGAGGGCGAUUUGGCGAGGCACAUCAGAUCAAUCAACUGUCACUGCGGUCAGCCUCAGCUAUGCUAACUGGGCCAAGGUUGAAGGCCUAGCCCAAAGGCGCAGGAGUCUGCCACAAUCUGAUCGACAACGCUUGGUCGAAGCUAGUGGAGCCGAGACGGCACACCUAUGGCGCGCCAAUGUUAGCUAUCUGCAUCGGACAGUGAAAGACUUUCUGGCACCAAGAGAUAUCUGGUCAGAGGUCUGCCGCGCAGCCGGUCCUGACUUCAACCACCAUGCAGGAUUGUUCAACGCUCAGCUUAUGCGUCUCGAGGUCUCGAAGCACAGCAAUUUUAAGUCGGAGGAUACAUGGGAGGUAAUUCUGUCGGCAAUCUCAUAUGCAACCCAAGCUGAGGUUGAUGGAUCAAGGCAUCAGAUUGAGAUGCUCGAUGACCUCGAUCCCGCUACUGAUAAAAUCAUGGGAGCUUCAUUUUCCAGAGGUUCCACCGCGGCCAAGUCGCAUGAUUCGGACGACUACUGGAUGUUGUGGCGGUACAAAGGAACAAGUUCACCUUCAUUCCUGGAGCUUGCCGUCCGACUCCAGCUUCCCGGCUAUGUCACCGCAUGUCUGGAGGCUAUGCCAAAGUCUCAGUCAAAGUUUGAACCUUUUCAACUAUAUCACCCCGCUGUAACGCGUUACGAGAUCAGCGAAGUUGGUUCAGUAGAACUCUCAGACGAUCUUCUUCAUCAUUCCAUAGACUGCAAGACGGUCCGGCUUCUCCUCAGAUAUGCGGAUCCAAAAUUUGCAUCACCGGACGGAACAACAGCCGGGUCACAGCUCUUAAAGAUGCCAAAUUUCGAUGAAGUGGCAGACAUCGCCAUGGACUUUCCCGACGCUGGGGCAGAUCCUAAGCAUGUGUCUUUCGAAGAUCCAGAGUUCGUAUCGCGUCUGCCAGAAGCAUUCAAGGCGCAAUUCAAGCGGAAGAAAAGAGUCAGCAGGUGA